GUCAAUCUGGGAUUUCCAAAUUACCAUCUCAUCGAAGUGGGAAGCCCAGUUGGCAUGGACCCGCACUCUUCCCACCUCGCUGCACCGGCCCGUUCUCGGAGCUCACAGUCUCCGUCGCCGUCGCACUCCGCGUCGGCCUCGGCGACGUCAUCUAUCCACAAGCGAAAGCUGGUGUCGGAGGAGCACGCGCCUCCCUUUCCCUCCUCCUUCUCCGAUACCCGUGACGGUGCGCUGACAUCGAACGAUGACUUGGAGAGCAUCAGCGCACGGGGUGCUGACUCAGACUCCGAAGACGAGUCCGAGGAGGUCGCAGACGACGACGAGGAGUACGACGAUUCUUCAAUGCGCACUUUCACGGCCUCAAGACUGGAGAGCAGCGCGGCGCCACUAGCUAGGAAUACGAAACUCAAGACAGAUGCUAAUUCUGUAAAAAUUGAGCCAGUUCAAUUGGCCAGAGACACUGGAAGUGGUGGUUCUGGCAAUUCCGUGGCCCCACAAGCAGGUGGCUCUGUUUCAGGAGUUGUGGUGAAGGAUGAAACAAUGAAGAAUAUUUUUAGUGAAAACUUACAGACAAGUGGGGCCUAUAUUGCAAGGGAAGAGAGCUUGAAGAGAGAGGAGGAAGCAGGAAGACUCAAGUUUGUAUGUGUUUCAAAUGAUGGUGUUGAUGACCACAUGAUUUGGUUGAUAGGAUUGAAGAACAUAUUUGCUAGACAGUUACCAAAUAUGCCUAGAGACUAUAUUGUGCGUCUUGUAAUGGACAGAAACCAUAAAUCUGUCAUGGUCAUUAGACGUAAUCAAGCUGCUGGUGGCAUAACAUUCCAAGUUGUCGGUGGCAUAACAUACCGACCUUAUUUAAGCCAGAAGUUUGGGGAGAUUGCUUUCUGUGCUAUUACUGCAGAUGAACAAGUUAAGGGCUACGGCACCAGACUUAUGAACCACUUGAAACAGUUUGCACGUGAUGAGGAUGGACUGACUCAUUUUCUCACAUAUGCCGAUAAUAAUGCUGUUGGUUACUUUGUCAAACAGGUGCUGCAAAUUUCCAAUGUCUUUGUUCUUAUUUGGUACUUCUAUUAUUUUGAAAUCUCUAACUCAAUCUCAUCAUAAGUUCCACGGGUGAAAUAUGGAUAAACAUAGUAAAGAAGUAAUUGCCAUUAAAAUAUGAGGAAUUGAUAAGUUGGACAAAGGAGUCCUAGGUGUGCUUGUGCUUCUCCCACCGAGUCUUGCGCAGGUAUGUGCGCCCUAAGGUGAAGGUGACAUUAUUUGGUUGAGAUCAAUGACAGAAAGCUGAACUAUCUCAUUGUAACACAACUGGAUCUGUAUUUUGCUGUUGGUCUGGGCAGUUAGUAUGGAGCAUCUCCAUGCAAUUAGGUGCUAUUAUUCAAACCAAAGACUACUUUAUGGAACAGUGGUCAUGCUUAGGUUGUUCAGAUGUUGAUUGGGUAGAUUGUUUAUAUGGCAAACACUCCAUCUCUAGGUAUUGUAUGUUUAUUGGUGGCACUCUAAAUGUUUUGAAGAGUUGGAACCAAGGUUUGGCUGUGUGAUCUAACCAAGUCUAGAUCCAGUACAGUUUCAAAUUCGGAAAUGUACCAGUUCAUUUUUUCUGUAUCAGUGUGUACUGUUGCUCAGAAUAGUGCUACCUACCUAGUAUUCCAGUAGAAUAAGUAGUGGGCUCAAUA